GCCUGCUCGCGGCGCAUGACAAACAAUGAAUUUGGAGGGAUGCAUCGAAAAGUUGAUGGAAUGCCGACCUCUCACGGAAACCGAAGUGCGACAGCUCUGUGACAACGCUCGAGACGCGCUGAAGCGCGAUGCGAAUGUACGGCGCGUAAAGUCACCAGUUACGAUCGUGGGAGAUAUCCAUGGCCAAUUUCAUGAUCUUCUGGAGCUUUUUCGGAUUGGCGGACACGCUCCCGAUACUAAUUACCUAUUCAUGGGUGACUACGUUGACCGUGGCUACUAUAGUGUUGAAUGUGUUACGCUGGUCGUGGCACUCAAAGUACGUUAUCCUGAGCGCGUGACUAUCCUCCGCGGAAACCAUGAAUCACGGCAAAUAACCCAAGUUUAUGGCUUCUAUGACGAAUGCGUUCGCAAGUAUGGCAACGCUAGCGUGUGGAAAUUGUUCACAGACCUCUUUGAUCAUCUUCCGCUUGCGGCCAUGGUGGAUGAGCGUCUGUUUUGCCCACAUGGUGGCUUGUCACCUAGCUUGGAUACAGUGGAUCAGAUUCUGGCUUUGGACCGCGCCCACGAAGUUCCACAUGAAGGUCCUAUCUGUGAUCUCAUGUGGAGUGACCCUGAUGACCGUCUCGGUUGGGGCAUCUCACCGCGUGGCGCUGGCUACACGUUCGGUCAUGACAUAUCCGAGAAAUUCAAUCGUGAAAAUGGUUUCGAUUUCAUCGUCCGUGCUCAUCAGCUUGUCAUGGAGGGCUACAGUUGGUUUCACAAUGAGCGCCUUGUGACCGUGUUUUCGGCUCCUAACUACUGCUAUCGAUGCGGCAACAUGGCCGCUAUCAUGGAAGUUGACGAACAUCUUGCAUCCAACUUUAUUCAGUUUGACCCGGCACCUCGCCGUGGCGGUGAUGGGGGCCUUGGCAUCGAAGUUUCGCAGCAGACCCCAGACUACUUUCUGUGAGGAGCCCUGUCCCCAAAGCUCCGUCUGCUAUGGUGCGCUUGUGGUGCGCUGCCAGCCGCAGACGCCGUGAUAGCCACAGGCCCCAUCUGAGCACACCAGGCCUGGACAAGGGAAACUCCGGGGCGCCGUCGCGACUUGGCUGCUUAAGGAAAACCUCUCUAUAAUCAUGACUAAUGUGU